AAAAAAGACGUAAUUAUCUUAAACCGAGUGUUUGGCAGCAGAAGCAGCAGCCACCCACCCACCGAAGCAGCAAAAACUCCCCAAAAAAAUCUCUCUCUUUCUACAAAUCACUCAUUUCUCCCUUUCUCUCUCUCACUCUACAAUUCCGUUCGGUUUGGCGCCUCUCCGAUCAAUCCUCAAUGGCUAACGCGGCAUCUGGGAUGGCUGUGCAUGAUGAGUGCAAGCUAAAAUUUCUGGAGUUGAAGGCCAAAAGAACAUACCGCUUCAUUAUUUUCAAGAUCGAGGAGAAGCAAAAGGAAGUGAUUGUAGAAAAAGUUGGCGAGCCAACUGAAAGCCACGAGGAUUUUGCUGCUUGCCUUCCUGCAUCUGAGUGUCGAUAUGCUGUUUUUGAUUAUGAUUUUGUCACUGAAGAGAAUUGCCAAAAAAGCAGGAUCUUUUUCAUUGCAUGGUCUCCUGAUACUGCACGGGUGAGAAACAAAAUGAUUUAUGCUAGCUCAAAGGACAGAUUUAAGAGGGAACUGGAUGGAAUUCAGGUGGAACUUCAAGCAACUGAUCCGACAGAGAUGGAUCUUGAUGUAUUCAAGAGCCGGGCCAACUAAACGCUGCAGUGAUGAUUAUUGCACCAGAGAGAUGUUAAUAGUUUGUUUGGGAGUUUCUGUUGCCAAAGCUAUUUUUUGAAUAUUGUUUUGUUGUUGAAGUCUUGAUAACUCUUGGUAUUCUAGCUUUGUUGCUUACGGGUUCGGCAAAUAUUUUAUGAUUUUGUUUGUGUUAAACAUGCAACAAGUUAUGAUGUCGAACAUGGAUGAUAUUAGCUUUCA